UUCCUAAUUAAUAUAUAAUUUAUGUGAACUUCACAAUAUACAGUUCAAUAAAAUUUGGUAAUUUGACCGAUUUAAGGAGAGUGGAAAUUAGGGCUUCUGCAAUCUUUUUUCUUCGCCGCAAUCUCAUGUCCAAUUAUCCACCGACGGUGGCGGCGCAACCCACAACGACGGCGAAUCCACUGCUGCAGCGACAUCAAUCUGAACAGCGACGAAGAGAAUUACCGAAGAUUGUCGAAACAGAGUCUACAAGUAUGGACAUUACGAUCGGUCAAUCUAAGCAGCCUCAAUUUUUGAAAUCCAUAGACGAAUUAGCUGCGUUUUCAGUUGCAGUGGAAACAUUCAAACGCCAAUUCGAUGAUCUUCAGAAGCACAUCGAGUCAAUCGAAAACGCAAUUGAUUCCAAACUCGAGAGUAACGGCGUUGUCCUCGCCGCGCGGAACAAUAAUUUCCAUCAGCCGAUGUUAUCGCCUCCGCGGAACAAUGUAUCUGUAGAAACCACCGUCACUGUGAGCCAACCGUCUCAGGAGAUUGUACCGGAGACGUCGAAUAAACCGGAGGGGGAACGUAUAUGUGAGUUGAUGUGUAGCAAAGGUCUGCGUAAAUACAUAUACGCGAAUAUCUCUGAUCAAGCUAAGUUAAUGGAAGAGAUUCCUUCAGCUUUGAAAUUGGCCAAGGAGCCAGCGAAGUUUGUAUUGGAUUGUAUUGGCAAGUUUUACUUACAAGGGCGUAGAGCAUUUACUAAAGAGUCGCCUAUGAGCUCUGCGAGACAAGUUUCGCUUCUUAUACUGGAGUCUUUUCUUCUAAUGCCUGAUCGUGGUAAAGGGAAGGUGAAGAUUGAGAGUUGGAUUAAAGAUGAGGCGGAGACGGCUGCUGUUGCUUGGAGGAAAAGGUUGAUGACUGAAGGAGGAUUAGCUGCGGCUGAGAAAAUGGAUGCAAGGGGUUUGCUUUUACUAGUUGCUUGUUUUGGUGUUCCUUCAAACUUUAGGAGUACAGAUUUGCUGGAUUUGAUAAGGAUGAGUGGUUCGAAUGAGAUUGCCGGUGCUUUGAAGCGGUCACAGUUUCAGGUAUAGUUGAAUCAAGUAUCAAGCGUGGAAUGCAUAUUGAAGCUCUUGAAAUGGUUUAUACCUUUGGCAUGGAGGAUAAGUUUUCAGCUGCUCUAGUUCUAACUUCAUUCUUAAAGAUGAGCAAGGAGUCAUUUGAGAGGGCAAAACGGAAAGCCCAGUCACCGCUGGCAUUUAAAGAAGCGGCUACAAAGCAGCUAGCUGUGUUAUCAUCAGUUAUGCAGUGUAUGGAGACUCACAAGUUAGAUCCUGCGAAAGAACUACCAGGAUGGCAGAUCAAAGAGCAAAUUGUUAGCUUGGAGAAAGACACUCUUCAGCUCGACAAAGAGAUGGAAGAGAAAGCAAGAUCUCUCAGUUUAAUGGAGGAAGCCGCACUUGCCAAGAGAAUGUAUAACCAACAGAUAAAACGUCCAAGGUUAUCACCCAUGGAAAUGCCACCAGUAACUUCUUCAUCGUAUUCUCCUAUCUACCGUGAUAGAAGCUUUCCUAGUCAAAGAGACGAUGACCAAGAUGAAAUAUCAGCUCUUGUGAGUAGUUACCUCGGCCCGUCAACAUCUUUUCCUCAUCGCUCAAGAAGAUCCCCGGAAUAUAUGGUUCCACUUCCACAUGGUGGGUUAGGAAGAAGUGUAUAUGCAUAUGAACAUCUGGCCCCAAAUUCAUAUUCUCCAGGUCACGGACAUAGACUUCAUCGACAGUACUCUCCGUCUUUGGUUCACGGACAGAGACAUCCACUACAGUACUCUCCUCCAAUUCAUGGACAACAACAGUUACCAUAUGGUAUACAAAGGGUUUACAGACAUUCACCAUCUGAAGAAAGAUAUUUGGGUUUAUCCAAUCAAAGGUCUCCUCGCAGUAACUCAUCAUUAGACCCCAAAUAGGAGGAAUGUAAAUUUGUAACAAAGCUUUUUGUUUUUGCUUAAGUUAGUCAUUUAUUUAACUCCCAACAGUCUCAAAAUUUAAUUUAAUGUUUGGGGCUUAAGAAUGCAAAUUUUUUUGCUCCUGUAAUUGACAUUUAAGAUGCUAAUGUUAUUGCUUCAGAGGUUUUAGUCAACCUCAGAUA